AUGGAAAUUGUGGAUGAUAGCUUACUUGGGAAUGGCACCAAUAUUUCUGCUUUCCUGUGUCAUAUCAUCUUGGAAAACGACACUUUCUUCUGUGUGGAUGAUCCACCUUAUCCUUCUAAAGAUCUGCACCAGACCAUUCGGAUUCUGCUGUAUGCUUUGAUAUUUCUGCUCAGUGUUUUGGGGAACGUUCUUGUCAUUACGGUGCUGAUAAGAAACAAGCGGAUGCGAACGGUCACGAAUAUAUUCCUGCUCUCACUAGCUGUCAGCGAUCUCAUGCUCUGCCUUUUCUGCAUGCCGUUCACCCUCAUCCCCAACCUGCUGAAAGAUUUUAUUUUUGGUAGUGCUGUCUGUAAAACUGCCACUUACUUCAUGGGUGUCUCCGUAAGCGUAUCUACAUUCAACUUGGUUGCCAUAUCACUGGAGAGAUACAGUGCCAUCUGCAAACCUUUACAGUCCAGGGUCUGGCAGACAAAAUCUCAUGCCUUGAAAGUGAUUGCUGCGACCUGGUGUGUUUCCUUCACUAUCAUGUCUCCGUACCCAAUCUACAGCAAACUGGUGCCAUUCACCAAGUACAACAACAGCACAGCAAACAUGUGUCGGCUCCUUUGGCCAAGUGAUGUAAUUCAGCAAUCUUGGUAUACGUUCCUGCUGCUCAUCCUCUUCCUUAUACCCGGGAUCAUCAUGAUGGUCGCGUAUGGCCUGAUUUCCCUGGAACUCUACCGAGGCAUAAAAUUCGAUGUCAGCCAGAGAAAAUCUGCACGAGAAAGAAGAGCAAGCACCAGCAGCACCAAGUGUGAGGAUGGAGAUGGAUGCUACUUGCACAAGGCCAAAAGAAAGAGAAAAAUGCCACUGCAACAGCUCUCGGGUACCAGCAGUAGCAAAAUAGACCGGGCAAGAAGCACCAGCUCCUCUGCCAACCUAACAGCCAAGAAGCUCGUCAUCCGCAUGCUGGUGGUGAUCGUGAUCCUGUUCUUCCUCUGCUGGACGCCCAUCUUCAGCGUGAACGCGUGGCGCGCCUUCGACACGUCCUCCGCGGACCGGCGCCUCUCGGGAGCGCCCAUCUCCUUCAUCCACCUGCUCUCCUACACGUCGGCCUGCGUGAACCCCAUCGUCUACUGCUUCAUGAACAAGCGCUUCCGCGCGGGCUUCCUGGCCACCUUCGCCUGCUGCGCCAAGCAAAAGGCCUCUGCGGCGAGAGGGGAGGCCGGCGAGGAAGAGGAGGGCAAGACGACGAGGGCCUCGCUCUCCAAGUGCUCCUACACGCACGUGAAUGCGUCCGCACCCCCGUGA